CACCACCCCAGAAGUCUACUCCGUACGCACAUACUGUCUCGGCCAAAGCCGUAUUGAUGGCUUCCUCUACUACGCAGUAUGGGGUUUGAUCCGGCACCAGCACAAAGCAUCAUCUGUAGUAAAGAUCGAUUCUUUUAUAGGUUUGUUUUUUUUUGGCGUUGCUUUCGGCGUCUUGGGAGCGAAUUUCGGAGACCGUCCUUGCCAUUCUCCUGUGUCUCUAUAAAGGCGUAGCUAUCGUCUGGCAAAGACAGGGAAACCAUAACGUUACCUUGACAGGCAGCUUCGUCCCAUGUCGAGCAUUCGAAAUCAGACGCUUCCAAUAAUGAGGCGCAUACGAUCUUGUAACAUGCAAGCUCCGCAAGAGGUCCCGUCCACGAAGGGCUCAGAAACAGCACUGGCAGUCCAAGGUGCCAUCCCGUCCCGCUCAUGCCAAGACCCCUCCCACAACAUGAACCUGGGCGCCCUCCGUUCCCUGGUCCUUCCCAACAACAGGGCUGCCCUGCCCUGGCUUCUUUCCGCUCCGGCAAGCUGCACUUGCUGUGGGGAGGAAAAAUUGCGAUUCUGCCGGCGGGUUCGCAUCCGCCCACUACAGAAGCUCCAGGAAGCUCCUCAACAAGGCGUGGAGUCGACGGGAUCUACGCCGAAGAGAUUCGAGCCCUCACCCCCAUCAGAGCCGAGUUCUCUGCCGCCUUUGCGCUGCAUCAGGCCCGCAUCUCCUGAUACACCCAAUACCGCGUCCCCGCGAUCGAUUGCAACGUGCUGUGCUACAGUCCCUUCCCGUCUCACACUCAGCUCAGAUCCGGCUCCAGUCUCUCUCGACUUUCCAGAAACCGCACAGCUGAUACACACCUCUUCUAAGUCCUGCGUGCAUCUCCCCACCACUGACAGCUUCCAUUAUCACGCGAAACCGUCACUCGUUUGCCUUCGAAGGAAAGUGAAUUAGCGAGGACAAUUGACAACAAACGCAACGAGACCGACACUCUUUCUGCAGCACUCCGUCUCUGCAACACCAACAAUUGUCGGCCGAUCACGUUACCUCACAACCCAACUGACCAGCAGUCCCUCACGUUCCCCGCUGCGAGCACUG